CCCCGGUGCCGUCCCGAGGGCCAGACGCUCACCGACCCGCAGAGCUCGCUGGCUGCCGCCCAGCGAGCGGCAGCGAGCUAUGGAGGCUCCCGAAGCAUCCGUCUUCAGUCUGAGUGGCGUAAGAGAGAGGAUGCGGGAGAAGAGGAACGGUGCCUUGAGAACUGCGAAGCUGAAUGCCUCGCUUGCAUCGAAGAUCAAAACGAAAAUCAUUAACAACUCCUCCACCAUUAAAGUCUCCCUGAAGCACAACAACAAAGCACUGGCCCUGGCCCUUAAUGCACAGAAGGCAAAUGCACAGAGGCUCACCCAGGAGAAAGCUGUCUUGCAGAAGGAGGUAGAGCAGUGUCACUUCCAGAAUGCUGUGCUGAGGCACAAGCUCUCCUUCCUGAAUAACAUCUUGAAAAAACUUGAAAACCUUAUGUCUGCAGUUAAGACAGCUCAGCUGUCAGAGUUCCAUACAAGUUUUGAAUCCUUGUCCAAUGGCCAGAAGAGCAAUGGGACUGAAGAUAGCUGGGAUAAUGAUAUUCCUGAUGGUCUGCUUGAGAGGGCUGCAGGGAUGCCAAUGAGGGUGCCCAUUUCAAAGCUGCCUGAUGCAGGACAGCAAAGUGCUAACUCCAAGGCAGUACAGACAUCCUCAGUUGAUCUUCAGGGAUCAACUUCUUCUAAUGAGCCCCUGGAAAUUGUGCCUGUUGUCUUCAAAGACACUUUGCCACCUCAGCCUGCUGGGAAGCCUCAGCCUCACCAGGAAGAGAAUGGGGAAAAGCCAGCUGAAUCAAUGGAAGCUCGAAAAGAUUUUAUGGAUUCUUUCAUCUUUGGAGCUUUGCCUGUCAGCUCCAGGCUUACAGAGGCACCAAGUACCAAGAGCUUAACUACUGAGAGGAACAGAAUGCCAGAGAAAUCUUGUGUUUGGCUGGAAAGCUCCCCGUUAUUUAAAGAAAAUACCGCAGAUGAAAUACAUGGGGAAAGAAAACAGACUGAGUCAAGUUCUCAGAGGUCAUGUUCACAGAAACCUGAGAUCAGGCCACUACAGGACUUGACCAAUGGCAGCUCCUGCUCGGAGGAAGUGUCGGUGCGCGCAUCCAGGCGCAGAAAGGAGCCGGUCUGCUAUGCAGAGCCAAAAAUCCACAGCAAAUUGAGGCAGGGUGACCCAUUUACAGACACAAUGUUCCUCUAUGUUCCUCUCCACAAAACCAAGAGAACUGCCAAAGCCAACAAAAUGACCAGUGAGAUCAAAGAGGAAAAAACAUAGCUUCCUGAAGAGUAUCCCAGAACCAAGACAGACAAGCUAAUAACAAUCGGAAGAAACUUGGAGACAGAAGUGAAACAGAGGUUGAAUAGGCCACCCCCAAGCUCCUACAUACUUGCAUGUCCUUGCCAGAAUAUCUAAUGUUUUGCAGUUUCUUUUUUAUAUUAUUU